AUGCAUGGCCCCAGCUGCCUGGGUGCUGCGCUCUUCCUUGAAGUACAGCUCCAAGCGCUGUGGCCUGCGGCAGCCGUGGAAGUUCACACUUCCAAGGAGGUGAAUGCUGUGAACGGCACUAACCUGAGGUUAAAGUGCACCUUUUCCAGCAGCAGCCCUAUUAGCCAGCGCCUGUCAGUGACCUGGAACUUCCAGCCCGAGGACCUGAGCCCUCAUGAGCCAGUAUUCUACUACCUGAAGGAGCCCUACGAACUGUCUCCUGCACGGUUUAAACAGCGAGUCACCUGGGAUGGGAAUAUUGAGCGUAAUGAUGUUUCCAUCAUCAUCUGGAAUUUGCAGCCCACUGACAAUGGCACAUUCACCUGCCAAGUGAAGAACCCGCCAGAUGUUCAUGGCACAGUUGGUGAAGUGCGACUCCGAGUUGUGCAGAAAGUGCAUUUCUCAGAAGUCCACUUCCUGGCGGUGGCCAUUGGGUCUGCUUGUGUUCUGAUGAUCAUUGUGGUGACAGUUGUGAUUAUCUGUCGAUACCGUCGGAAGAAAGCGCAAGAGAAGAGGAGCGAGGUGGCAGACACUGAACUGUAA